AAAAUUAAAGAAGGUUGAGAAAAGAAUGAAAAAGUCAACCGUCAUUGGUAAUACAAAUCCAAUUCUGGAAAACGUAUCUCCUCUAAGCAAGCCUUAUGUUGUCAAAGUCAAAGAAAAUGUAACUACUUAUUUGCAGGACAAGCAAAGAGGCGUUACCAACAAUGAAUCCAAUAUGAAAAGAGGAGGCAGUCAAAUUGAAGAAAAUAUUAACGGAAAGGAAUCAUGUUCAUCUGAACUUGGACAUAGCAGUAGCUAUGAAAUCGAGGCUGACAACAUAACUAAUUCAUCGAUAGAAAACGAUAAAGGCGUUAACAACAGCGAAUCCAAUGCUGGUUUCGACCCCAAUGAAGAAAAUGUUCACGAAAAAGAUUCACCCAACCAAAUCGAAGAAAGUGGCCAAAAUUCAGCCUUACCUCAACUUGGGGAUGAUCAUUGCUUUCGCAAAAUCAAGAAAGAGUCUAAUGGUGAUGAGAGAAUUGAUACGAACCAAGAAAAUACACCCGAAAAGGAUUCGGCCUUUCUCCAACUUGGGACUGCUCAUGACGUUUGUAAAACCAACGUAGCAACAUACAAUGAGCAGACAAGCAACAAGUACAACAUCUUG